GUUACUCAUUUCAACAAAUUUGUAGAAAGAAUACGGUGCGUUAUUGCACUGUUGCUUAUUAGCUUGAUUGGGGAUCUUUGGAUUCCAUUAUUUAUUUGUUAAGCUGCAUGCGACUUUGACGUUUUCUUUACAAUAGCUUCUACAAAAAUCAAAGCUGUCGAUAACGAUACGUCGGAAUCCGACUACGAUAUCAAAAAUACCAUCAAGCCACCAAUAAUCUCCCUCCGUAUUGCUCACCAUGCCGCACGCGACCAUGCAAGACCCUCCAAUCCCCCUUGAAACUAGACCAGAUAGUUUGAUGCCACAAUCACUCUUGGCUCUCCCAUCCCUCAAGCAGUACAUGGUCCAUCGAUUGGUCGAUGAAGGAAUAUCCAUCACCACCAUGGAAGUCGCUUUGAGCCACUACGACGGUCACUACCAGACUAUGGCCAAUGUAUGUGCUGGGGCAAGUGAAGGCACCAUUACUUUCAUGGCAGAUAAAUUGUUCUGGCGUUCUCACUGGCCUCAUGAGCAGUUUCCCCGCUAUGAUUGCUACUUGACUCCGCGUGAUAGGGAGGUCAUCCAUGAGGCAUAUCGCAAGAUUCCUGUCGAAAAGAUGAAUGCUAUGAAUGAGCAGAUGUAUCGUGCCCAACAGCAGAGAUGUCUUGAGCUCUAUGUCCAGGAAGCUCAGGCGUGGAGCAGAAGCAUCGAGGGCAAGAUUGCGCAGAUGGUACAGGAAUGUGAGAAGUCCGAGGACCAUGAGGCAGAGGAUCACCAAGAUGGAGGUUCUCAGUAAUUGGCGCAACUUGAGAUCUGAGAGAAGAGGCAAGAAGGUGACUCUCGAGUUACUGAGAAGCUUUGGGAUAACCUGAUUGUAAUUCUACGCAUAAUAGUACAUCGCGUUUAGAGUUACACAGGAGUUUUUAAUGGACGGCAAUGAGAAGCCUAAUAGACCUUUUGAUGUACCUGAGGCGUUGUAAUUGACUCGUGAGUCGAUGAGCUAGCUUUUUUAGAGUAACAAAAACAUCAUCA